UUGUUUAAAUGUUCGUCUUGUGAAAUUCACGGUCUCAUCUUUAUUAAAUUGGUGUGCAUUUGGAAACAAAAAAUAAUUAAAAAUUUAUUAAUUAAUUGUUAAAAAAAUAAAAUUUCAUCUAGAAAUUUAUAUUUGAAUUUAUUUUUAUUAAGAAAUUAAAUAAAAUAUUUAAUAAAAUUAUUUUAAUAUACGCAAAAAAAAUACUUAAGUGUGGAAAGUGUUAUACAGUUUUCAAUAUAAAUAGUAUUUUGAUAUUAUAGGAAGGAAUUUAUUAAAUUUAUAGAGUCAAUCUGUAGCAAAAAUGGAAAUAUAAAAUUUAAUACAUAAAUACAAUAUUAUAUUAACAAAUACUUAAUUAAAUUAAUAAUUAUAUAAAAACGAAAUUAUCCACCAUUUUGGUUUGGUUUUCCACCCACGGAACAUAUAAUAAUUAUAAUUUAUUAAAAUCUAAUUAUAAUAAUAUAUUAUUUGAAACUAAUUGGAAUUAAAUAAUCUCGUGUUUUGUCCUGUUGUUAAUUAAUAAGUGUUUAAAAAUAUCCAUUUUAUUUAAGUAACUGUAGAAUAAAGAAACCAAAAAAUGGGUGCAGGAAUUUGGCAAGCAUUAACUCGGCGAAAAGUAUACGAUACAGAUACGGGUGAAUCAAAAUUAGCAAGAGUUUUAACACUACUUGAUUUAACAGCAUUAGGUGUUGGUAGUACCUUAGGAUUAGGUGUAUAUGUAUUAGCAGGUUCUGUUGCAUAUGAAGAAGCUGGACCAGCUGUAACAAUAUCAUUUUUAAUAGCUGCAAUUGCAUCAUCUCUAGCUGGUGUUUGUUAUGCUGAAUUUGCUACUAGAGUACCAAAAGCUGGUAGUGCAUAUGUUUACAGUUAUGUUACAAUUGGUGAAUUUGUUGCAUUUACAAUUGGUUGGAAUUUAAUUUUGGAAUAUGUUAUAGGAACAUCAAGUGUAGCACGUGGUUUAAGUGGUUAUUUAGAUACACUUGUUAAUGGUACAAUAAGUUCAACUUUAAGAUCAACGAUGCCAAUUGAUGUUAGUUUUUUAGCUGAAUAUCCUGAUUUUUUUGCUUGUAUUGUUAUUUGUGUAUUAACAGCAUUACUUGCGUUUGGUGUCAAAGAAUCCAGUUUAAUAAAUAAUAUAUUUACCGGAGUUAAUUUAAUAACAAUUGCUAUCGUUUUAAUUGUUGGUGGAAUGUAUGCUGAUCCACAUAACUGGGCAAUAUUAAAAGAAGAAAUCCCAAAAGGAAUUGAACAUGCUGGUGAAGGUGGUUUUAUGCCAUUUGGUGUAGCUGGUAUUAUGGCUGGUGCUGCAAAAUGUUUUUAUGGUUUUGUUGGUUUUGAUUGUAUUGCAACAACUGGAGAAGAAGCAAUUAAUCCGAAAAGAAAUAUUCCAUUAUCAAUUAUAAUAUCAUUAAUUGUAAUAUUUUUAGCAUAUUUUGGUAUAUCAACUGUUUUAACAAUGAUGGUACCCUAUUAUUUACAGGAUGCCGAAGCACCAUUUCCAAAAGCAUUUGAAGCAUUAGAAUUAUAUGAAAUUAAAUGGAUAGUUACUAUUGGUGCUGUAUUUGCUUUAUGUACAAGUUUACUUGGUGCAAUGUUUCCAUUACCACGUGUUAUAUAUUCAAUGUCUAAUGAUGGAAUUAUAUUUAAGCGAUUUAAAACAGUUAAUAGUUAUACAAAAACACCAUUAUCAGCUACAAUAUUAUCUGGAUUUUUAGCAGCUAUUAUGGCACUUAUGUUUAACUUACAUCAAUUAAUUGAUAUGAUGUCAAUUGGAACAUUAUUAGCAUAUACAAUUGUUGCAAUAUGUGUAUUAGUUUUACGUUAUCAAAAUGAUGAUGAUUAUGAUCAAAAUAAAUAUUUAUAUAAUAAAAAAAUUAAAUUAUCAAAAAUUGUAAAACAAUUCUUUAAUAUUAAUAAUAAUGAUGGUGAUGAACCAACAAAUUUAACAUCAACAAUAACAAAAAUUAGUAUUGUUAUAUUUAGUAUAUUAGCAGCAUUAGUAUGCGUUGUAUUAAAAGUUACAGAUGGUACAGAAUUAUUUUCAAUUGUAAUAUUAUCUAUAAUAAUAAUUUUUAUGUUAUUAACAAUAAUUGUUAUAUGGCGUCAACCAAUAUCAAAAAUUGAAUUAACCUUUAAAGUACCAUUAAUACCAAUAUUACCAUGUGUUAGUGUAUUUUUUAAUUUAUAUUUAAUGUUUCAAUUAGAUGUAUAUACAUGGAUACGUUUUAUUGUAUGGUUAAUAAUUGGUUAUUUAAUAUAUUUUGCAUAUGGUAUGCCAAAUUCAGAACAAGGUAAAAGAAAUUCAAAUAAUGAAAUAGCUACAGCCGGUGUUAUAAUGUCAACAACUAAAAAUAAUGAUUCACAAAAAAUUACAUUUAAUAAUUUAAAUAGUAAUAGUAGUAAAUAUAAUAAUGGUAACAGUUAUUAUACAAAUAAUGCAUAUGUUGAUACAGAAAUUAAAGCAUAUCCAAUUGAUAUUGGUUCAAGUAGUCAUAAAAAAUCAUAUGAUAUUAAUAAAUAAUAAAUAUUUUAUGUAUACAUAUGUAUAUAAGUUACUGUACAUACAUAUAUAUACGAAUAUUUUAAUUAUAUAAGAAUAGUAAUUGUUAAGUUUUUAUUUUUAUAACAAUAUUUAUAAUAUAUUUUUAAUUAAUAAUUC